GUGAACGCGCAGGGUCAAAUCACAGCGGACUCUCUGCUCUUCUUCCCCUCUUCUCAACCUCCUUCUCCCCUCUUCCUCUCCUCUGAUCGCGCUCAGUUUGACGCCAUGUAAUAACCAACAUCUGGCCUUGGCGCAGGCAGGACGGACAGGCAGGUCAAGCUGAAGCUCGCUAGCCCCCUGGCGCACCUCAACCACACUCCCCUAUUGGACAGGAACAAGAACCAGAACCCCCCUCUCCCCCUCCCCGACUCCCUAGGUUCUCCCGGCCUGUCGAGCUGUCAGUCUGCAGCCCGGUUCAGGAACAGUUCACGGUGUCAAUUCGUCCAUAGCGCAUCAGGAAAAGCCGAGAGGAGCCUAAAAGAGGCAGAGGUCCGAGGAGAGAGAGGAGACCGAAAAGGAGCGGGGCAGAGGCGGGCAACAAACGGGUUUUAGUGUUCCGCUGGUGGUCAGUGAAGCAGUUAAAAUGUACAAAAGAAGAGCUAUUUGAAAGAUUAUUGUAGAGUAUUAAAAUAUCUUGGAGCUCAAGUGGCUUCUGGAUUUUAAAAUCUAAAAUGUGUUGAUCCUGAAGGGUUUCAGGUCAGCAAGGGGACUCCAAAACAGUGCGUGUUCUGGUGAGUUAGGCCACUGAACAGAAAGAGAGUCAGAGAGGAAGCCAGGAAAGAGAAAAAGAAGACCCUGAAGGGCCCAGGAGGACUGUGGCUUUCGCUUUAGGUGAACAGAGAGAGAAGACAGAGAAGAGGACGAAAGAAAGCGGUGGAGGCAGAGGAGGGGAGCCCAGGGAAUACAGCGUCACGCUCAAUCCAGGAAAGCUGUGGUUGCCUCAUUCUGGACUCUCGGUCAGCGUGAGGCCCACCGUUAGCACCGGAGCCGGUUUAGAAGUGAGAGAGAAGGCUCGCAGGAGACAAAAGCGCGAUCCCUGGCCGCGGUGCUGGCCAGGCACGCACCAGUCCGCUAUACGGGGAAUUCUGCAGCACAGGCGGAGGGGGGGUGAGCGCGCGCACACGGUGUGGUUUUUAGGCUAAAGUAGCACCGCGAGCCCCAGACCGAGCAGUCCCCGUCAGCUCGUGCGCCGUAUGUAGGCUUUGAUCGGUGGAGAUUUAUAGCGGAGCCGCUCAAGAUUUAUGUCUUCUCCCAACCCGGGCAUGAAAGCACUUGGCGUCUUCUUUACGUUCUGUUACUGAGGCAGCUCUAAUGGCUGCACCGGCGCUGCAAUAACAGGCAACGGUACAGUUUAAACGCCGGGUUUAAUUGGGAUUUAGUGCCAUUUUGGACGCGAGUACACGUCAGGAGAAAGCCAAACUCUUGGAGAGACCGCGCGUAAUUACGCACUGGCAAUCAGUGCAAAAUACAUCCAAGAUUUUCCACAGUGGGAUUCAUCUUAACUGCAGCCGGUGUGUCCGUCCGUGUCCAAAGCAGACUGCAUCCAGGGGACAAAAAAGAGCACCAGGAGGAGAUCCAGCAGGAGAGACACGCCGAGAGAGAGCAGUUCUUAGGAGCUUUCUGGAAGCCGUUUGCGUCCAUUAAAACAUCAAGAAAAAAGAGGAAACCUUUCGGUCAGACUGCAGGGGAACGUUGGAGAGACACCGUCACGUGACCCCCGGUACCAAAUGGUCUUCCGGCCGUGGCUCUCAACAAGGACCGGAGCACAAGCAGACGCCGCCACUUCUCUCAGAAAUGCAGAAGACAACCUACUACGACAACUCCUCGACGCUUUUCGGUGGCUACUCGUCCUACCAGGUGCAGGGGGCGGCAGUGGCGGCCGCCAAUGGCUUUGGGGGCUACGAUGCCCCGGUCCCAGUGUCCCACCACCAGCCGGCCUUCCAGUCAGCCUCCCAUCUGGACGUGGAUUCGUACCAGCGCUCCGCCUGCUCCUUACAGUCGCUGGGCGGUAGCGGAGGCCACCAGCAGCAGCAGCUAGCCAAGACCAAGGAGCUGAACGGCAGCUGCAUGCGGCCCAGCCUGCCUCCUGAGCACCACCCCGGCUCCCAGGUGUCCCCUCCACUGCCCCCCAACCCCAGCAACGGUAAUACCGGGGCUCAGCAGCCGGGUGGCAGCGCUGGGGCCUCCUCAGUCUCCAAAUCAGGCCCCAAUAAGUCCUCCAAUUCCUCCUCCUCUACAUCAUCCUCCACAUCAUCCUCCUCCUCACUGCCACCCAACCCAGCCCUGGCCAAGCAGAUCUUCCCCUGGAUGAAGGAGUGUCGGCAGGCGACAAAGCAGAAAAACUGUUCACCCAGCAACAACUCUGGCAACGCAUCAGGAGGAGCUGAGAGUGGAAGCAGCGGGGAGAAGAGUCCUACCGGAGGCUCGUCGGCGUCUUCUAAACGGGCUCGUACAGCGUACACCAGCGCCCAGCUGGUCGAGCUGGAGAAGGAGUUCCACUUCAACCGGUACCUGUGCCGGCCGCGGCGCGUGGAGAUGGCCAACCUGCUCAAUCUGUCCGAACGCCAGAUCAAGAUCUGGUUCCAGAACCGACGCAUGAAGUACAAGAAGGACCAGAAGUCCAAGGGCCUGAGCUCCAGCUCUGGAGGGCCCUCACCGACGGGCUCCCCUCCUCUGCCCAUGCAGUCUUCCGCCAGCUUCCUCAACUCCAUGCACCCCAUGGGAGGGGGAGGCGGAGGAGGGGGCCCCGGCUACGAUGCCCCGUCUCCCCCAUCCUUUGGCAAGCCCCACCAAGGAGUGUCUUACUCCAUGUCCACUGCCUAUUCCAACGUCCCCAUGAAGGGCUGCCCCCCCCAGCAGAAGUAUGGCGCCCCAGACCCAGACUAUGGCGACCCCCAUCCCCACCACAGCCUAGUGCAGGCCAACAGCGCUGGCUAUGGGACUCCCACCAACAUGCAGGCCAGUCCAGUGUACGUGGGGGGCGGCAGCUAUGUGGAACCCAUGCCUGGCUCGGGGCCCUCCAUGUACGGGCUAAACCACCUCGGCCCCACGCCUCCCCACCACCAAACCAUGGACUACAAUGGCGCAGGGCCCAUGUCGGCCGCCAACCAGCACCACGUGGGUGGAGGGGGCCCCCAGGGUCCCUGUGACCCACCCACACACCCAACGUACACCGAGCUGUCGGCGCACCACACCUCGACUCAGGGCAGAAUCCAGGAAGCACCCAAGCUCACUCACCUGUAGCAGGUUUGGAACAAAUGACAACGUAGGAAAUAGUGAAGACGACACACAACAAGUAACAUGACCUGACUCACUAACAGACUAACUAACAUGCGGGGACUCUACUGCUGCAACGGGACGGCAGGACAGACAAAACCAGACCGACAGGGACCAUCCAGUGGUUUGUCCUGUGUUCUACAGCCACAGUAGACCAGAACAGUCAAUGCUCAGUGCUGCUCAGCCUCCACCCUGUUCUCACUGCCUUCAUAAAGAGCGGCAUCAGAUCUGAUUAGGACCAGUGCUUUCCCUGCUACCGUGGAAAAGCAGCUAAAUUAAUUGUAAGAAGACAGGUUGCAACUAGUAUCAAGUAGCACAGAUGGCCCAGAACCAGUCAUGUUGCCCAAUAAGCUGAUAAAAGGAAUAUCUCUGCAGUGUCAAAGUGCUGAAAUCAGUUAGACGUUGCCAAAACUUUUAAAGGUAUUUUUUUUAAACUCUAACGUCAGUCUUAAGGAAAGGAAACAAAUCUUUAAACCACUUACUGGUAUGUUGUCAGAUUUUUUAACUUGGCUCACACAUUCAAUACUUCCUAUGUUUUAGAGUCCAUUACCAGAUAUUUAGCUUUUAUUUUACAACUCUUGAGUCAUUCUACAGAUGUUUACAGCUUGUCCAUGAACCCGUUAGCAUCAGUUUACACUUUACUCUCAGUAUAUUUAUUGGUCCCGGGGCAGCGAGGCAUAUUGUCGGCGUGGGAGGUGAGGUGUACAGUCAACUGUCCCCCAGGAGACACCCUCCCAACCCAUCCCCAAAAAUGUCAGAAGGCUCGUCUGGUGCAGAGACGUACUGGCAGCACUAUUGUUUAGUCACUUUUCAUUAGACUAAUAAUGUACUGCACAGUUAAUCAGAAGACUGCUGGAUUCGGGCACAGCAGAUGUUAGAAGGACAGUUGUCUGCUUUUGAUUAAAAACAUUUGACAGAAACAACAAAGAGAAGUUUAAAAUGAAAGAAAAAUAGCUGCAGCAUUCAUACUUAGUAAUUAAAAAGGAUUUCUUCUGCUUUUCUGGGCUUUUUCAAGCAGCUCUGUGUGGGCAGAGCAAACUGCAGCAUUAGUUCAGAUAGCAUGUAGUAAAAAAGCCUAUAAUGACUCUGUUAGAGCUAGUAUGUGGUUUAAAAUUAUACUUUGAUAAUAAAAUGUCCCCCUUAAGACACACAUAUACAAACAGCCAUCCCGCCUGGUAAAUGAAAUAGUUGAGAUUUUAAUGGGCAGUUAACGAGGUGGUUAGAUUUAUGACGCUGAGCUCUCUCCCCCUCCAGGCAACACAUGUUGUUGUCAGCCGAGCUGAGCUAUGUGGAAGGCUCUGCCUCUCCAUCAGCCGGGGAGAGGGAGCGAGAACAGAAAUAUAUGGCUGGAGCCGGCAGCACUCAUCUUCCUCUGUUGCCCCCGUUUCACAGAGCACAUAAAAACCACUGGAUGGGCUUCCCCCGUUCGCCGUCUCUUUUUGCCUCCUGCUGCACCCAUCUCUGUCCGUCCAGACCCAGUCACUACUAACCCACCGUCUCCUGUCUGUAGCAGCAGCACAUGGCUUCUGAAGGAGGCAAAAUAUCCCACAAUCCCCCACAGACUGCGCCCCCCACACACAUCCAUCACCAUACAUACACCCCUCCCAUCACUCGAACAGGGUUUAAGAAGCCACGAGCUCACAGGCUAAACUAGCUCCCAUAGACACACAUCUGUGCUAAGCUGCUCUAGCUGGUCACACCUCCACACAGCACGCUAAGCUAGCUUCCUUUGGUUGACACACAUCCAGGCAGGGUACGCCAGCUGUUGACAUCUUUAAACAAACACAUGAAAGGACAUGGAAGAGAAAUUUUUAAUGUUCUUAUUUUAGCACAUCAUCGACACAGGGUAAAUAAUAAGAGUGGAGAACACUAUUUAUUUAUGUUUGGGUAAGUCUUUACCCUCCUCUCUCGCUCUCUCUCUCCUUCUCCUUCUCUUUCUCUCUCUAUCACUUUGGAAGGGUUCACAUGCAUUAGCGGACACCAAUGCGUAAAGUCCACAUUUUCUAUUGUUUUGUUUUGUUCUCACAUAUCUUGACUUUUAACGUGGAUACAGGGUAUAUAUUUGAACAAAAAUGCAUGUCCCAGAAAUCUGAGCCGAUGUGUACAAAGCACUUUUAAAACAACCGGGUUCAUCAGUUUGAACCGUCAGUGAAGGCACAGUAAAAACCCUUCCAGACUCUUUCACCCUCUGUCCAAUACUGAAAACAACCUCCCUAAACUCACUGAUGUUCAGGAAGGACAUUCAUUCACUGGGUUGUGUUUAAAAGUGCACAUUUUACACAAAGGCUUUUUCACAUCUGGGCAUCAUUGUUGCACUUAGAGUUUACAUUUUGAUGGUUAAAAGGUAAAAAAAUAAUAAUAAAAUCUUAUUUUGAAGACGGAAGGCCCUCCAAUCAAAGCGUCUUUCGCCAAUGUGUGUUCAAGUGAACAUUCAUAUAUAAAUAUUUAUUUGUUAUAGCCAGUUUAAAAAGACUUUCUGUUUUGUAUUAUUAUUAUUUAUCCUUCAUGUAUUUAUAUCGAGAAAAAAAUACUGUACUUUUUUAGUAUUUACCUGUUAUGAAAGAAAAAAAACAACAUUGUGUUUCUUCUUGUCCAUUGUACUGAAGUUACAUUUUUUAGUUCUUGUAUUUUAGAAGAAAAUAAGUAGUUUUUAUGUUCCUAUAAUGACCCUUGUACAUAAAUGUCUUGGCUUGUACAGGGAAUAAGGCAAGGAUGGGGAUUGGUGACCCAGCCGUGCAUAGUCGGAAAAUUUAGACAAACUAUUAGCUGGAAAAAAAGAACGAGUCUUUUUGGAGAAAAACUAUUUCUUUCUUUGUCCUUUGUAGCUCCUUUUUCUUUCAUUGUUGAGAGAGUUGUCUGUUGAACAAUUCUUUAAUAAAAUGUUAUGUUAUUCAGA